AUGUCGGCCAACGCCUGGGUGGGCAGCUGGAGACCCCACCGACCCCGGGGUCCCAUUGCGGCUCUCUACAGCAGCCCCGGGCCCAAGUAUGGGCUCCCCACCAACGUCGGCUACCGUCUGCAUGACCCCUCCCGCGGCCGCGCACCCGCCUACAGCUUCGGGGUGCGCACGGGGGGGCGGCAGGAAGACCGCUCCCCUGGGCCGGUGUACCUGCUGCCCCCUGGGACCACCGCCAAGGGCAAGGACGGGACCCCCGCUUUCUCCAUCUACAGCCGCCCCCGCGACCUGCCACCCAUCCACACCCCCGGGCCAGGGUGCUACUCCCCAGAGCGGGCUGGCAGGUUGGCUUUCCCCUCUGCACCCGCCUGCUCCCUCCGCUCCCGCACCAGGCAGGGCAUCAUCUACCAGACGCCAGGCCCCGCAGCCUACCGGCUGCCCCCCAUGCUGGGACCCCGCGUGGUGAGCAAGAGCUCGGCCCCCAACUACUCCAUACCGGGACGCAGCAAAGUCGGUGCCUUCUACGAGGACCUGUGCAAGACACCGGGGCCCUGCAGAUACCGCGUGGUGGACGCCGACGUCUACAAGCGGCGGGCGCCGCAGUACAGCAUGCUGGCACGCAACUCCCUCCCCGGGGACACCACCACCAAGCCCGGACCUGGCACCUACAGCCCCGAGCAGCAGGGCCGGCAGCAGGGUCUGACGUUCGGGAUCCGGCACUCGGACUACCUGGCUCCCCUCAUCGUGGAUGUGCCCGACUAG